UUUUUAUCUCUAUCGACCCCUCCAGCCAAAAAUCCAGAAGCCCUUGGAUUUGCGCUAAUAAUAACAAUAACUACAGAUCAUUCUUAUUACUAUCACUAUCAUUAUUAUCACCAUACAUAAUACAAUAAUAAUAUGAUAUGACAUGAAAUGAAAUGAACACUCACGCCACCCCCACCCUCCCUGGCGCCAGCCAACCUCUCCAGAAUACAACUAAAAUCCCCGCGAGUUUCGAGUCGCGCAAACGCAAAAUCCUUGCGGAACUCUCCGUCCCAGAUGCAGAGUAUACAGAUCUCUCCCCCAAGGGCUCUGUCGAUGAGGGGAUCAGGGACCUCAUUCGUAACAUCAAUGGCUUGUCAGGUCUGGUUACCACGAGCAGUUGUGCGGGUAGAGUGAGUGUGUUUCUGGAGGGGCGGAAGAAGAAAAAGGAAAAGCAGAAGAAAAACAUUACUGCUGCUACUUCGAAUAUGAAGACCACUGAUGAUGAGGAGGAGGGAGAUGAAGAUGAUACAGAGCGCCAAUUUGCAUCUACUGGAGGAAAAGGAGGCGGGCGAUGGCUCUAUGUCUCUCAUGAUCCGGUCAAAGUGACAGAGGCGGGAGAUUCAGAGGAAUCUCGAUCGUUUCACGAGCUAUUUGGAAUGGCUCCUAGAGAUGGAAAUCUUACUUCUUCUUCUUCUACAGAUCAGAAGAAGAAGAAGAGGGAUGGGCUGCGUCUUGUUCAUUUCCGUUUCGAACCUAUGAUCCUCCACAUCAUGACCGCCACUCUCCAUCACGCACAACCCAUCUUAACAGCCGCAUUCAGCGCCGGGUUUCGUGAAAGCGGUCUCCAAAGCCUCCGCUGCCUGUCAGAUGAUAUGGAAACAAGCCCUAUCGUCGCGGUCCGAUCAUCAGGCUUAUCUCUAGAAUCUAUCAUCGGGUAUUGUGACGACAGUAGCAGCAACGACGACUCCUCACCCAUCAUCCGUAGCCUUGUCACGGAAGAAUACCUCCGCAUGCUGGUCGAGAUUGCGAAUGAGCGGUUCAGCGUGAAUACGGAGCGAGUAGAGCGGUUUCGGACGAAGUUGCUGGAUUUAGGUUCUGUCUCGAUGGGUGACAACUCGUUGUCGAAGGGAGGAAAAGGACGGGCAAAGCCUGCGGGGUGGGAAGAUGAGGCGACGAGACGGGAGAGGAAGAGGGCUGAGGGCCUGGCCAGGCAGAAGGCGUUGUUGGAAGCAAGAGGUGUAGCACGAGGAAAUGACGGUCUGGAUCAAGCUGGUGAUGAAGAAAUCGCAACUGUUUUCGAGUAGAAACAUUUCCCGCUCACGAGAGAAGAAUUGUAUGUAUAAGCGAUGAGUAGAUCUCCCAGCAGAUAUAUAUAUUUUGCGUCGCACGGGGAUACACCCCAGCAUGAUAGGAUUUGGAUGGAAAAGUGUUAGACCUCUUCCUCCCCGCGCGCUUUUAGUUUUUCUUGACUCUGAGCAUCUGAUCCGAAGUAAAGUAAAAUCUCCUAUAAACCAAUUGUCCAGAUCCCAUCUACUAUUACAACUGCUGCGAGAGAGAACUGAAUAAAAGUCUCCCCUUGGAGGGGGAAAGGAA